CCUACCUCUCUCUUCACACAGACGAGAUGGAUACAUACGAGUGGGAUCCCAAGCACAAUCGUAUGACCAUCUGCUUCGACAACCACGAGUGAGUCACCUGCACACCAAACACGCGUGUCUGUUGCAUGAUCCUGAUCUGGCUUCCCUCGUGUGUGUCAGGCCGUCUGCGGGCACCAAGCGACGACGUCCACACGACCAGCAGCAGAACGACGACACGCCGCCACCACCAUCACCACAACCAACAGCAACAGCACGUGAGAGAGCCACGGCCACCAACGGCAGCAGCGUCUGUGAGGGCUUCCCUCGGCACGACAAUGGCCUAUAUCAUCAAGUGUGGCGAGUGAGCAGGGGGCGCCGACCAGUCGGCAGUCAGCUCGUGAGGUACGACAUGGAAUGCUGGACUGACGGCUUCGAUGGCCUCUACAAGACAGUCGACAACAAGGGGGUGCUGCGCCCUUUGUCUGAGUGUCCUGAGUGGGUUCGGGCGACUCUCACUGAAAUGCGUGUGUGUGAGGUCCGGCGGGUCAUCAUGCCGGGCACACACGGGGUGCGCUUCUACCAGAUCAAUCUGCUUGAGAUUCGGUGAGGCCCUCUCAGCGGCUGUGGGGUGUUCUCAGUGAGCUGUGCAUUCUGAUCCGCUUCCUCUGUUGUGUGUCAGGUCAGGUGGCGGCUCCAAGAAGCGACGUCACGGCCGGCACGGCGGGCCACACUCACACUCACGCCCACCAGCCAGUGAAGAAGAAGAGGACGAAGAUGCAGCUACGGUGUUGAGCACCAGGGCCAGCGGCUCCAUCCGCAGCUGGUGAACGUGUUGGUGAAUUACUGCGGCUGCUGGCUGUUUGUUGAUGGAGAUGUACCUAUGGUGGACGAUCUGUGUGGUGGGCGUGAGUGACGGGGAGGGGUCCCGAGGGCUGACCGCAUGAUGGGCGGACAUUCACACACAUACUCACACACAUGUGGGUGUCACGUCACUGAAUGUUUCUUCACGGAUGCGUCUAAGUGGGCCUCGCCAUCUGUCUGUGUGUGGUUUUUCUGUCAUCUGUCUGGUUUCCUGUCGGCUGUGGGUGGGUGAGUGUUCUCUGUGUGGCCCAUUCGGCCCUGACUGUCUCUGUGGUUGCGCAGAGCACAGUCAGGGCCGAUGUGUGUGUGUGUGUGUGUGCCCUGUCUGCCUGCAUGUGGAAUCGGUUUUUUCUGUCAAUGGUCGAGGCGAAUGAGCGUUUUUUGCGAGGACACGAGUCGGUCUCGUGGGCAUGGCAGUUUUUCUGCGGUGUCGAGAAUGUCUUUUGUGUUUCGGUGUGCCAUAUGCAUCUGGAUUUCUCUGCGUUUGUUCCACGUUUAUGAGGCGGUCUGUCUGGGGUGGGUCGCUCAAUAAAGGCGACCGGCCUGUGUGAGUGAGUGUGUGUAUUUGUGCGUUUGAUUGCCAUGAUGGAUGGAUGGGCAAGCGAAUGAGACACUCACUUCUUUCUUUCGUCAAGCUUGACAUGCUGCGCAACCGUCGUCUCAGACACCACACCCCCAACACACACCACCCACUGGACGAGCCAAUGAGUGCAGCUAGGGUGGGUGGUCUGGUGGAUCGCUGAAUAGAGGGGCCGUGUGAGCUAAUGCGCAUAAUUGUUUGUG